AUGGUCCGACAUCCUGACGGAGCACCCGCGCAAGGGGUCCUUCCUUCGUCGAACAAUGAUGCACCUGCUCAGCAGCCGUUGCACAACCCUCCCAUAUCACAGCAGCAAGCUCCACCGCCUCAGCCUCCCAUGGCAAACCAACGAGUGCCGCCUCAUCAACCCCCUCAAAUGCACCCUGGAAUGAAUCAGCAAGCACCACCGCUUCAACCUCCAAUGGCAAACCAACAAGUGCCGCCUCAACAACCUCCUCAAAUGCACCCUGGAAUGAAUCAACAGGCACCACCGCCCCAACCUCCAAUGGCAAACCAACUAAUGCCGCCUCAACAACCUCCUCAAAUGCACCCUGGAAUGAAUCAACAAGCACCGCCGCCUCAACCUCCAAUCGCAAACCAACAAGUGCCGCCUCAACAACCUCCUCAAAUGCACCCUGGAAUGAAUCAACAGGCACCGCCGCCUCAACCUCCAAUGGCAAACCAACAAGUGCCGCCUCAACAACCUCCUCAAAUGCACCCUGGAGUGAAUCAACAAGCACCACCACCUCAACCUCCAAUGGCAAACCAACAAGUGCCGCCUCAACAACCUCCUCAAAUGCACCCUGGAAUGAAUCAACAAGCACGGCCACAAGAAAUGCUUCCCAAUCAACCACCAGUGGUGAAACAGCCUCCACCGCAUUUGCAUCAGCCGCCUCCUCCAAGCCAUCAAAUUCAUUCUCCUGAUUCCUUACCUCCAAAGCCUAGACAAAUGCAGUUUCAACCGCCAGCGGUGGUGCACAACGAUGCAGAACUUGAUUUCUACUCACGCCUGCCCUCCCCAAAGGUAUUUGAAUCCGACUCUGGUGGUAUCCUUGACAAUCCUAGACACUUUAUCGCUCUCACUGUAAAUGUGACACCCGCUGCAAAAGACUGUUACUUUUACGAAGCGGUAGCAGGCUUCGACGUCGACUUUCAGGUAUUAGGCGGUGAUGGCAUGGAUAUUGGUCUUGCCGUUUUUGAUCCGUCAGGUGUUUCUGUCGCUUUACGAGAUCCAGUAAGCGAAGCAAAUAUACCAAUCACAGUUCAGCCAUAUUUCCAAGGAAGCGCUUACGCUAUCUGCCUUGACAAUCGGAAAGCUAGCUAUGGACGCAAAAAAGUUUUCCUUGCCAUUGAUUUGCGUCUCAAUUGGAAUAAUCCCAGUCCGGCUGAGCAGGAAUUAAUCAAUAAAAUCAAUGCUGGGCUGAGCGGCGAACAUGACAAUGAAGAGCUCCUUAAGACCUUCGAGAACUUCGAACGGCUAACAACUUCUUUGGAUCGAAUCAGCACUCUGUUACACCGAACCCAGCGUCUACAACAGCGUUCGCGCAACAACGCCGCCAUGGAUCGAGCUAUGAUGGAGGCCAACCAAAGUCGCGUCACCACGUGGUCCACUUUCCAGGUGGUGCUGCUCCUCCUAGUUGGUGUGGUCCAGACUCUACUCAUUCGCAGUCUCUUUGACGAGAAGAGCAGUCUCUACCGACUGUGGGUGCAUGGAGGGAGAGGCCACUCCUUUGCCUCCACCUCAACGUCCGAAAUCGCCAUGGCAACAGAAACCACAACACAACAAGUAACCGACCUGAGUGAUCCGGCCGAGAAGGCUGCGUGGCAGACAGCCAACCAGGCCGCGGAGAAGGUCUCAUCCCUGUACUACCGCUCAUUCGACAAACACGGCCGACCCGAUUUGCCCACUUUCUAUGUCGAGUCGGCCACUCUCCUGUGGAAUGGAAAUCGCGUCGAGGGGAGGCAUGCGGUUGUUGACUUUCUUGCUACCAAACUCCCCAAAAGCCAGACUACAAUUCACUCCAUCUCCGCACAGCCUGUCCAAAAAUCCCUCAGUGGUGAUAAGACGGUUGUGAUGGUAAACACAUUCGGAACUGUGAAGUUUGAUGGAAAUCCACAGAAGAUUUUCUCCGAGACCUUCUUUCUUAUCAAGGAGGACGUCGUCUGGAGGAUACAGUCGGCCACCUUCCGAUUUAUCGAGUAA